UUUCUCGCCAGUCCCCUUCCAGGAGGUGAAGCAUGCAAACAGAGAGCUGCAGCAUCAGAGAGGACGACAACACAGUGAUGGAGAGUUGGGUUUUUCACAUUUGAAGGAGUGUCUGAGAGUUUGUCCUUGGGCGCCAUGCUGUGCAAUAAACUCCUGCUUGCUGUCUACAUCGUCACCUUUCUGAUGGGGGUCCCCACCAACAUCCUGGCAUUUUGUACCUUCUGCUGCAAGGUACGCCGCAAGGCAGCCCCGAUAGACGUUCUCCUCCUCAACCUCACUAUCUCCGACCUCAUCUUCCUCGCAUUCCUGCCUUUUAAGAUGAAGGAGGCGUCUGAUAAAAUGGCGUGGUUGAUGCCUUACGCCCUGUGCCCCCUCACUGGUUUUGUGUUCUACGUCUCCAUCUACAACAGCACCCUGCUCCUCACAGCUGUGAGCGUGGAGCGCUACCUGGGGGUGGUCUUCCCCCUCAGGUACUCUGUGUGGCGCAGACCUCAUUACGCUGUGCUGGCCAGCAUUAUCUUCUUGCUGGUGACCUCCCUGAACCUCACCAUCGUCUACAUAAUGCCCUACGGCCAGUGGAGCAAAGGUGCAGAUGGCUACAACAACAAUGGCAGCAUGUCCGACAGCCCUGCCCCGCCUCCAUCCACCUGCUACCUGGAUUUCACCGAGGAGGAGCUCCGCAUUCUACUGCCAGUUCGUCUGGAGCUCUUCCUCGUUCUCUUCUGCAUCCCCUUUUUCAUCUGCUGCUUCUGCUACGCCAACUUCAUCCUCAUCUUGUCCCGUCUACCAAACAUCAGCAGGCGACGGAGGCUGCGGGCCAUUGGUCUGGCGCUCGGUACACUUGUAGUAUUUGCGGUCUGUUUUGGGCCGUACAACGCCUCCCAUGUGGUGGGGUUCGUUCGUCAAGACAGUGAGGAGUGGAGGAACAUUGCUCUGCUCUUCAGCACGUUCAACGCCUGCCUGGAUCCGUUUAUCUUCUACUUCUCGUCAGCGGCCGUCAGGAGCAUGUUGAAACGCUGCUGCAGGAACAUCAUGGCAAAGCUGCACAUCCUGAGAUGUGAAAGGGCUCCACAGCAGAGACCCACCAAGACUGAAAUAGUUCCACAGCAGAGACCCUCCAAGACUGAAAUAGCUCCACAGUAGAGACCCUCCAAGACUGAAAUACACCUGAAAGCACCUGUUCCUUGAAGGUUCUGAAGAAAUGUACAAUGUACAUUUGUUUUUAGAGAGUGUGUUUAUUUAUUUCAGGUUAAAGUAAUUACAUUUAUAAAAGGGAUAGGAUUGUUUUUCCACUUCAACCAAUGAAAGAGGCUUUGGGCAGAUUUCAGACAAACAGAAAAGGUUUGUCAUCGUUCUAUUUACACAUGAUGCUACAGAGCUUUAAAAACAUGGAAUAAACACUUCAG